UCGAAACUAUAAAACUAAAUUCUUAGGGUCUCGUUCUAAAAAAUGUUUAAAAUAACCUAUAAUAAUUAUUAGCUAUUAAGACAAAUAAACAAUUAAAUUGACCAUAACGAAUGUAACUCUUAUUAGUCUUAUUAAUAUUAUGUCAGUAGCUAUCCGCUAUCAAACAUACUUAAUAGAUUCAUUGUAAAAUAGACGAUUUAAAAAAAAUAUCAUGAAAAAUCGACAGUUACGUCUUCUACUGAUUCUUGUAUUAUGUAUUUCAGUUUUGUAUAGUAUCUAUACGGCGUAUUUCUUAAUUAAUACAAGAUAUAAUUUAGAGAAGUUAAAGCGACCAGACACGUACAAUGAACCGAAAGCGAAUAUUUCAAGCAAUUUCAAUCAGCAGGGCCAUCCAUAUUUAUCGGAGCCAAUUAUAACCGUAACACCUCAUUAUAACAACAAAGAAAUGAAAUGGAAUGAAAUCGCAAACCCACCUCUACCAUGGUAUUUCAAGGAUGGUACAAUAAAACCGACCAAAGCUCGAUUAUUCCCAUCAAGGCCUGGGUUAAAACUUUCCCAAGUGUGGCCUGAGGAACAAAAUAUAAACGAUGAUCGAGUGGAAGAACAAUUAAUGUUUGUGCCACCACAUUACGAUCAUAACAAUGCGCCAAUCAAGUCAAUUUUAUUAUACAACAAUGUUAAUGAAUGGAUGGUUGAUAGCGGACAAAACGAAUUCAUUUCAAAAGAUUGUCCAGUAAAUAGAUGUGCAAUUACUACAAACAAAUCAAAAAGCUCAAACAUAGAUUCAAUUUUAUUCCGAAAUGAAUUCUCACAUCCCGGUCACAAAAAGACCAAUAAACAGAUAUGGAUUUUGUUUGUUGUCAAGUCUGCGUAUUAUACAGAUCUUAACGUUAACCAUGAAUUAAUCAAUUGGACUGCUACGUAUCGACAUGAUAGUGAUAUUGUUACGCCUUUCCAACGAUGGGCUUAUUACGAUCCGUUGAUUACUCAGGCUGAACAGUUUAAUCGUAAUUACGCACUAAAUAAAACAAAACAAGUGGCGAUGAUGGUUUCAGAUUGCAACACGGAUAAUGAAAGGGAACUAUUAUAUGCUAGAGAGUUACAAAAAUAUAUACCUGUAGAUGUGUACAGUGACUGUAACGAAUUAAAAAACAUCGAGUCUAAUACAUUUCUACAAAUGCUGGACCAGGACUACAAAUUUUAUUUGGCUUUCGAAAAUUCAAAUUGUAUUGAUUACGUGACUGAAAAGUUUUUUGUCAACGGACUUCAGUCUAACGUUCUGCCGGUCGUGAUGGGCGGACGCCUCGAGGAUUACGAGCGAAUGGCGCCUAGGCGGUCGUACUUGCACGUGGACGACUACGAGUCUCCCGAAAAGCUGGCCGAGUACCUACGGCUGUUAGAUGCCGACGACGACCUGUACAACGAGUACUUCCGGUGGAAGGGUACCGGCGAGUUUAUCGACACAAAGUUCUUCUGUCGGCUGUGCGCGAUGUUGCACGACGACGGCGCGCCGCCCAAGACCUACCGGGACUUGGACCGUUGGUGGCGUGGCCCGGGUGUGUGCAUAGACCGUGGGCCUGAGAUUCCGACACAAUUGCCGCCGCCGCCGAUAGCGGAUAAUGACAGAGAAGAACAAUGACGGAAGCGGAUGUGCCGACGACGUCGAUUGACGCGUCUUUGUUCACAUUACUAUAAUAUAUUAUAGGUGCUCUGUAUAGACUUACAGUCAAGGCCGUAGCCAGAAAAAUAUUUAGGGGGGGGGGGAUAUUAGAGUAUAAAUAUGUUACAUUGUAUAAUAAAAUAUAAAAAUAUUAUUUAAAUUAAAUUAAUCUUUAUUAAAAAAAAAAUUAAAUCUUCAAAAAAAAUUUCGGGGGGGUUGAACCCUACCUCCCUCUGACUACAGCCUUGCCCGCAAUAGUAUCGUCAACUCUGCAGCAAGUACGUUUCUCUGACAUACCCCCCCCCCCUACAAUCAAAA